GAGACGGCACGGAGCGGGGCGGCCGAGGGGGCGGACCGGACCGGCGAGCGGAAAACUUCACGCACUGCCACGCAGCAGCGGGACCCGCAAUUCCCACCGGGCACGCGCCACUUCGCGGACACAAGCGCCCUGUUCGCACGCGGACCUGACGCGCGCCUGCGGUUCCGCCGGACCGGAGACGCGCCCGGCAAACGGAAUUAAAAAAAAUAACCGAAAAGAACAGGAGGAUUCGGUGGAGGAGUGGAGGAGUGGAGGAGCCACAGGUAGGAGGACUCCGCUCCGCCACAGGUGAGGCUGCCGCGGCCGGACAGCGAGCUUAUCGGAGCGCGUGCGGCGGGUCAUGCGGAUUUCUCCGGUGCCUGAUCGGAGCGCCGCGACGCAGCAGGAGGAGCACCGGGACGAGCACCGGGAGGAGCACCGGGAGGACCAGCAGCACUGAGCGGAGCACCGGGAGGAGGAGGAGGUGACGCGCGCGGAGGACGCUCUCCAGCCCGGACCGGCGGCAGCAUGUCCCGCAGGAAGCAGAGCAAACCCCGGCAGAUCAAGCGUUCGCUCGGGGAUCUGGACGGCGGCGAGGAAAACACGGCGGAUAACCUGAGUCUGUCGGGGGAGGAGGGCGGAGCUUCGGACCCGGACGACUCGGCCGAGGGCGACAGCUGCAGCCCGCCGCCGUUCACGCCGCUGUACAACGAAGAGCCUCAGACGCAGGACUCCGGCGGCGGCGGUCCGGACGACGAGGACGCGGAGGGGGAGGAGCCAUCGGCCACGCAGAGCGGCGGGGAGGAGGAGGAUGAGGAGGAGGAUGGCGAGGAGGAAGAGGAGGGGGCGUCGCCGUGGAGAGGUCCAGACGACCUGCAGCUCAGCGAUGACGGCGGCGGCGGCGGCGGCGGCGGAGGGGGCGUGGCCGCCCUCAGGGACCUCCACCCAGACACCACCUGGGGCCCCUACCCGGGCGUCGUCCAAUCAGAGGGCAGCGCGGAGGAGCCCGACUCAGAGGACCUGAGGUUAACGCUGCUGUGUGAGGACGCAGACUGUUGGAUCAGUCGCCUGCCGCUGACCUCCGAUGCUUCAUCAGCGAACUGCGUCGUCUACAGCCGAGGUCAGGAGCUGUUCUGUAAGGUGACGGCCGAGCUGACGGCUGGCGAGCGGCUGCUGGCGUGGGGUGGUGGUGGCUCCUCUUCCUCCUCCUCGUCCUCCUCUGCCUCCCUGCUGGCCCGACUCUCCCCUCCACUCAGCCUCGUCACCCAGAAACCGGCGGCGGCGGCGGCGAACGAGAAGCCGCUGUACCCGGCGGCGCUGCGCUCCGACAUCCAGCUCCUCCCACAGCAGGCCGGCAUGGCGGCCAUAUUGGCUACAGCCGUGGUCAACAAGGACAUCUUCCCCUGUAAAGACUGUGGGAUCUGGUACCGCAGCGAGAGGAACCUGCAGGCUCACCUCAUGUACUACUGCGCCAGCCGCCAGAAGCAGCCGGCCGCCGCCUCCUCUCCCCCGCAGGACAAACCCAAAGAGUCCUACCCCAACGAACGCAUCUGCCCCUUCCCGCAGUGCAACAAGAGCUGCCCCAGCGCCAGCUCCCUGGAGAUCCACAUGCGCACGCACAGCGGCGAGCGUCCGUUCGUCUGUCUCAUCUGUCUGUCGGCCUUCACCACGAAGGCCAACUGUGAGCGCCACCUAAAGGUGCACACGGACACCCUGAAUGGGGUGUGCCAUGGCUGCGGGUUCAUCUCCACCACCAGGGACAUCCUGUACAGCCACCUCGUCACCAGCCACAUGGUCUGCCAGCCGGGCUCUCGCAGCGAGGUCUACUCCCCGGGGCCGGGCCUGCCCAAGCUGCCCAUGUCCACCGGUCUGAGUCCGGGGGACUCCGGAGUGGUGCUGAAGUGCCAAGUUUGCGGCCACAACUCUGAAUCCCCCGCCCAGCUUCAGCAGCAUGUCCGAACCCACCUGGAGGUCCGGGUCCCAGCAGAGCGGAGCCCGACUCCUCGUCAGGGGACCCCGUCAUUGGCUGACCACCCCCAGCUGUCUCCCCAGGAGAGGGAGCCCUUAGCCUGCGUGCCCAAGCCGGACUCAUCCAGCCCCGGUGCGAACGGUGGUUCGGCCACGCCUCGAGACUUCAGCCCUCCUGACGGUCAAACCACCGAGCUGAAGAUCAAAGAGGAGCCGCGGUCCGACUCCGACACCGAGGAGCAGCAGAUAGAGAUGACGGAGGUGAGGGUGGGGGAGGAGGAGGUGGAGGAGGAGGUGGAGGAGGAGGAGGAGGAUGAGGAGGCUGACCGAGAGGGCGGCGAUCAAGAAGAAAACAAGACAAAAGUACAACAGACCACCUCGUCCUGCUUCACCUCCAAUUCCCCGAAGAGUCCAGCAUCUGCAACCGUGAAGGCAGAACCAACCAGUCCCACCCCCGGUUCCAGCCCCGCCCCUGUGGGUGGUACUGGCUCUGUCGUUCCUGGGGGGGCAAUGUUCCUGCCCCAGUACAUGUUCAACCCCGAGGCAGCCAUCUUGCCUCAGGCCUCAGAGAUCCUGGCCAAAAUGUCUGAAAUGGUUCACAGCCGUCUGAAACAAGGCCAGACCAUCGCUCAGAACAGCCCAGCAGCCUUCUUCCCCUCCGGGCCAACUCCACCCACUGCCACGGCAACCCCGCCUCACAAAGGAGCCACCUGCUUCGAGUGCGACAUCACCUUCAACAACAUCAACAACUUCUAUGCACACAAGAGGCUGUACUGCUCCAGCAGGCACCAAGGCGACGGUGCAGCCUCAGCUUCGGGCACCGGGUCGGCCAGAGAUGCAGCCCCGGCCGGGGCACCUCCCAGCGGGGCGCCCGGCUCCUCCGCCUCUCCUCAGGGUGGAGCAUCCAGCAGGGCGGCGUCGGCCUCUCCGACCGAUUCCGACACGCCUGCAGGCAGUGGAGCGACGGAACCUCGCCGGGUGAUCGAGGUGAAGACGGAAUCUCUGACGGGGAGAGAGGGAGUGUCUUCGUCCUCGGAAGGGGAAGGCGGAGGUGGAAGUGUCGGAGGAGGAGGAGGAGGAGGAGGAGGAGGAGGUGGAGGUGGCGGCGGACGAGCCAGCGAGGGCAGCCAGAGUCCUGCGAGUGGGUCUGCAGAGGACCUCGAAGAUGAUCCCAACAGAACCUUCUGCGAAGCCUGUAACAUCCGCUUCAGCCGCCACGACAACUACACCGUCCACAAGCGCUUCUACUGCGCGUCUCGGCACGACCCGUCCAACCAGAGAGCCACGCACAUGUCCAAAAGUACCAACGCCGCCGCCUUCCUGCCGCAGCCCAUCCGCACGCGCAAGAGGAAGAAGAUGUACGAGAUCCACAUGGCCAGGACUGAAGCGUUAGCAAAUGCCGCGGCAGCGGCGGCCUCCGCUGCCGCGUCCGCCCCGUCUCCGUCCGUCCUGGGCUUGGCGGUGAAGCAGGAGGUUUCUCCCGGUGGUGCGGGGAGUUCCAGUCCCGAAGGAGACGGUCCGAUUGACCUCAGCAAAAGACCUCGUCUGAGGGAGGGUCCCCGGCACGGCGGCGGCAGCAUCCUUCCAGCGCUGCCGCUCACCGACUACCACAAGUGCACUGCUUGCAGCAUCAGCUUCAACAGCAUCGAGAACUACCUGGCUCAUAAAACCUACUACUGCCCCGCCACCACCCUCCAGCCGCACACGCUGGAACAGCUGCACCGCCUCAAGAGGUCCGCCUCCACCUCUCCCAAGAGCAGGCCUCAGCAGGAACGGCCCGACCUGCUGCACCCCGUCGAGGCCAAAGCUCUUCCGGCCGAGUGGGUCGUCCAGGGUCCGGGCACGUCGUCCACUCCUCACCCCGCCGCCUUAACAGCCUCCGGUGCCGCGUCGCCGCCGCACAGCGCCGUCGCGCUCGCGGCUACUCCGGCAGCGGGCGCCAAAGGCACGGGCUCCACCCAGGUGGUCUGCCCUUACUGCCCCAACAGGCCCAUCACCUGUGACCUGAUGGAGCACUUCAAGGUGACCCAUGGCCUCGUGGUGACAGUCCAGCCGCCGCUGGAGUCCCCGGCCCAGCCGGGGAGCACGGUCAGCCGGAGCCCGAGCCUCAGUCCCAGAGACGGCGCGUCCGCCGCCACGUCCUCCGUCCCGGCCAGCCAGGCCAAACUCGUGUCUCGGGGGCACAAAGACAGCGUUAACGGCCAGGCCAGGAGCGGCGCCGCCUCGCCCGUCUCGCCUAUGGUGAACGGCAGCCCGUCCGCCGGCGGCGGAUCGCCGGCGGCCGGGUCUCCCCUGCCGGUGUCUCCCCCGACGGCUCCUUCUCUGACUGUGUCACCUGUGCCUGAGGUCCUGAGGGAGAAGCCCGACAAGCCGGCUGCGACCACGCCCCCUCAGCCCGCCCCCAAAACCCCGGCAGCCUCCCCGAUCCAGAACGGAAACUCCCGUUUCUGCCGGCUGUGCAACAUCAAGUUCAGCAGCCUGUCCACCUUCAUCGCCCACAAGAAGUACUACUGCUCCUCCCACAGCGCCGAACACGUCAAGUGAGCCCGGCGCUGCCUCCCGGUUCUUUCCCCGCCCUUUCUCUUUCCAAUGGAGCUCUGAAGGUCGUCCUGCCCCCCCCCAGUGAACAGUGACUGUUACCCCCCCAGCGGGGCCGAAGCCCGGCUGCCCCACAGCAGCGUUUUGCAGGUAGUGUUACGAACAGACAGUGACUGAUGCGCCUCCUAUGGGUCAAAGUUUGAAGUACACUAAGAGCCGAGGCGAGUCCCUCCUGAGUCCGCCACCCCCCCCGGGCCUCGCCGUAUGUUGCAUUAUGGGACGCUAAACAGAAGAGAAUCAGACGGCCUCCUUCAUGUCUUCUCUGAACUGAGCGGCCGUGGGUUUGGAGGCUCUUCCUGAUUCUGGUUCCAGACCCGGUCUGGAGGAUCACUCAUGUGGGGGAGAAAAAAGAAGAAGAAGAAAGACUCGAUCACUGUUAAUGUUUUUAUUAUCUGUGCAUAGUGUAUGAUGUCUGAAAAGAAGAAUUCUAUAAUGCUUUUGGUUUCAACACUGGCUCUUUUUGCUUACUAGAGAAGCUGAGGCGUUUUUAGCUGAAGAAAAAAAAAAAAGGUGUGGUAUCACGAUGUUACUAAUUACUGAAGGAUGAUAUUUCAAACCCACAAACAAAAAAAAAAACACGGACAGCCGUUCUUUUCUUUCAUACACGCAAAUUUUUAUUUUCUUUCAGAAGAUGAGAAAAAAAAUGUGAAAUAUUUAUCUUUUAAGUCCUCACCGAUUUCAUGUCAACAGAAAACUACCUACUUAGUGUUUGAGAGUAUUUGUAUUUUUUAUUUGAAUAUUUUUCAUACUGUUGGAAGGAAACUGUUUGGAUGUGGGUGUUAAAGUGAAUUUUCUAAGUGUAGAUAUGUAAUAUCUCUUCACGGUAAUCACUGGGAUCUCACACUGUUAUCACCGUUUCUGUUCUGCUGAGCUCCGACGGCCGGCUCGCAGGGUGUGCUUUAGUUUUCAUCCCCUUAUCUUGUGAAUUUAGCUGAUUCUGAACACAUGCGGAUCAAAAGGCGCGUCCUCACACCCGGGUUCGGCUGCAGGAGCGACGGAGGCGGUGGUUUCCGGUGACCUCCGCCUCGCGGUCGCUCAUUAAACUGAGGUUGUUGUUUUUUUUUAGAUUUCAUGAUUGUGUUUCUGUCCGGUAAUGAAGUCAAAGCGGUCGCAGCAGGUUAAGCGCAGUUUGUGUGUUCGUCUCUCACUUCACGUCUUUUUUUUUUUUUUUUUUUUUUUUUUUAAGGCUUUUAAACACUGGAGGAGCAACGAGUUAAUGAGAUGAAAAUAACGAACAAAAUGUUCAAACUGCUUCAGAAAGAGUCAAAAGUUCAACUAUGAUAUCAAACAAGCAAAACAUCAUCACAGAAUUCUAAUACAAAUAUAUUAAAAAUCAUUACAGUGGGAGCAGCAACAGCGUAAAGGUCUUAAAGCAAAAAUCACCUCUUAGAUGCAAAAGUGUCAGCAGUAUCGCGCCUAUCUGAGACUAGAAUGGAUGAAAAGUGCGUCACGUUUCCAUGACGACCGAGUCGGAAACACGGGGAGAGUGGAGUCUGAAUGGUUUCUACUGCAAUACAGUCAGAAGCUGAAACAUCUCUGAGGGACGAAACAAGAAACGCUCUAGUUCCUCUUCAUUCCUCUGCGUUUCUGAGUCAGUCGUCAGAAAGCCCCGCCCUCUUUUCUGCUCUCAGCCAAUCACUAAUGUAUUUCCAAAACUUGGUUUUUACUUCGUUACAGCGAAAAGAAAGUAGUAUAUUACUGUAAUUGUUACUUGAUACCGUGUUACACCGACACUGAGUACAACUCAUGAUGAGAGUUAAAAUGUUGGCACACAAAAAAAACACAACCUGAGUGAAAAUCUAAACCCGACAGCACAAAAACAGAAGUCAGAGCUCAAAUAUGAAUUAAGACAAAGAGAAAACGUCUUCAUUCAGAGGAAUAGGAUGAGUAUUGAAUACGAGGAAAACACAGGCUCCGCCCUUCAGUGUUUAAAGGCUGCAGAUGUUCCAGCUGUGACUCCUCCUCCUCGUCUCGCGAAGCGUCUCAGCUGCCUUCAGAUCCUCUCUGGACCGAAACGCGGUGAAAAACAUCUGGCCGACGUGUUGAUAUCAGAAUUGGAUCACAGAAACAAUCCGAUCUGCCGUUUCUGUGGGUUUAAAGUUGAUUACAGUCAAACGGCGCCGCGGCUCCAGCUGCCCUGCUGUUUCCACUCUUCCUCUCCGUCGGUUAUUACGGUCCGGCACGCCGCCGGCGCCGCGGCGAGCGGCCAGUCCGCCGAGGCCGCUCGCCCAUCAGGCAGGUUCGCUGUUCUGGAAUCGUCUCGCUUCCUCUGUUUUCCCGUCCAGAACUCCUGCUUCGUGUCUCUCAGAUGUUUUCGCGUUCACUCGGACGGGAAGCCGCGGACGCCGCGGCUCCGUUUCCACGGCGACCGAGUUAAACCCUGGCGACGUCCGCGGUGCUGGGAGCCGCUGAGAACGCCGCGGCUCCCGUGUUGAACGCACAUCGGCGUCAGACCGGUUCCCCAAAGCGUUGUCGUGGAAACGGAGCCCGGUUCGGAGAAGCAGAUCCUGUUACAGGGCCGCGUCGGUGGAAGCAGCGUCUGCGAGUACGAGUCCCGCCUCUGGAACUCUCAGACCUCUGCUCAGAGGUUCUCCGUCAGAUUUCUCGGCGUCUCCGACAUCUGUCUUAUCCCUGAGCGUCUUUCCAAAUCUCUUCCAAAACUCUGAAUUGUUGCUCUUCAUUAGUUGGGAAUUGGAAGGUUGCAGGUUCGAUUCCCCAUCCACACUUCCCUACCAUGUGGAAGUGUCCAUGAGCAAGACGCUAAAGACCCCAAACCGUCCACUGGAUGGACUAGGGCUCCUGACUCAGCAGGAAUAGAACAUCUCACAUUUCUGUCGGGGUUUUCUGGCCGCCGUCGGUUCUCCUGAACCUGAACACUGUGCCGUUGAGCAAGGCAUUGUAACGGAGCUGCGUUCACACACUCUUCUGCUGUGCUGCCUCCAGAUGUCCCCUGCUCAGCGUCUCUCCGUACGUCCCUCCUCUCAUUUGGGUUUUUUCAUUUGUUGCACUGCGUCGUACAAAACUGUGCUGAAUGUUUUAGGUUGAGCUACUUUUGUUUGGUUGUUAUUGUAUUUAUGUUACGCGGCACUUUUUCCUGUUGAAAAGAAAAAAAAGAAAAAAAAAAAGCCCUGCGUCAUCGCUCUACCUUGAAGGACUUCCUGAAAGAUUCCCGCCCGGCAUCCGGCUUCGGUUCCGUUCUGAAGAUCUCUGGUUUCUGUUGAUGAUUCCUUUAGAUGAAAAAUCACAAUGAAUGUCGACACUUUUUUAUUUCCAACUUCUUUCCUCAUUUAGUUUCAGUUUCACUACACUCUUGUCCAAACUAUGCAUGGGAAAUAAAAAAA